AUGUCUUUGAAGACCUUCACCCUUACUGCUGUACCUUUGAAGAAUGCACAACCGCUGAUAGGCUCUACGAUCAUAGGCGCAAUUGGUUCAAUCACGAGCUUACAGUCCACAGAGGAUCAUGGCAAGCACGAAUUCGAAAGUCAUGUGCGGACUUUGCACCCUGAACUAACCUCGGUACUUCCAGCUGUCAGACGUACAUCGUUGAAGCGGCCUAGUAUGAGUGAGAAGGUUACCUGCCUACUUUGCACUGCAUCAAUUACUAUUGGAAGUCUUCAAAAGCACCUUGGUUCCCACCAACAGACACUGACCCUAUUCGCUCUUCCCAUAAACAUCAACGAAGGAUCGGAUAGCCAUGAAGAUUACGAAAGAAGCCGAGGCUCACCUGAGAUAUUUCGAGAUAUGAACGAUGACACUUCUGGCUCCAAUACACCCCCAGAAUUGGUUGAAGACUCGACCUCCCGAGAUGUUAGUAGCACAUACGAGACCACUCUGCCCCGCGCAUCGCGCGACCUUAAAAAAGACUUGGGACAAGACAACUUGGGCAAUGCCGAGCUUUCGAAUGUGCCAAUGCCAGGAGACUACAUGGAGAGUGCAGAUGAUGGGAGCUUUGGAACACACAGCAGAGAUAACGACAUCACUUUCUCCAGUUUGUUUAGGAAGCCACCCACCGACAAUGUAGCUACCGAGAAGUUUGCGACUAUUGGAGACAAGGACCUUAGGGGAGACACUACUCCAUCUACCGCAGAAGUAGGAUCCUCUGACAACAGCAAGGAGGUACAAAUAAUGAGCAAGAGCCAUUUGGCGACCAUCAACAGUCAGCCUCUUACCCAGAGCGCGGAUAAGCAGGUGCUGUUUGCUCGUUUGGGACUAAACGAACAAGUGCACAAGCUUCUAGUGCAAGAUGCUCAAAUGGCGCGAGACAGAUUGAGUGCAGAUGCUUCUAAUCUCACUGAUCAAAGUCGUUUGAGUCCAUAUAUAACAGCCCCUUAUAGAUGGGACGAGAUAAGCGAAACCGCAAAACAUCGGAUCUUGUCGGAGGUCGUUGGCAAUGCUUCCCCAGACGUGAAGCACUACUACACCCUUGGAAGCUACCGAAAUGUUGUCAAUGAAGAGAAUUGGCCCCGACAGAGGGCCAAGGUCACGGGUCUAGCAAAGAUAAUUGGCGACACGAACAAGCCAUCAACCUCUGGUAGAAAGUACUGGAACCCUGCCCGUGACGAAACGCCAAUCCAAAUGAGUUGGAAAGCCAUGGAAGAAUGA